UGCCGGACGAACUGCUUGAAAAAUAUCACUUCCACUUCCGGUGUGUGCGUGAGAGGCGGAACAAGCGGCCCUACAGAGGGAACAAAGGACGGUUAAGUGAAUUGCUCUUAACCAGCAUGAAAAUAGCCUCCAUUCCAUAGGCCGCUCCUCAGCUGCGAUGUCAAAACGACCAUCCUACGCUCCUCCCCCUCCCCCUGCCCCAACAACACAAAUGCCUUCCACCCCAGGGUUUGUGGGCUACAACCCUUACAGCCAUCUGGCCUACAACAACCUCCGACUGGGAGGGAGCUCCGGAGGCUCCAGCAGGAACUCCUCGGGCAUCACCGUCCCAAAGCCUCCCAAACCACCAGACAAGCCACUGAUGCCAUACAUGCGGUACAGCCGGAAGGUAAGCAGGAAGGUAUGGGACCAAGUAAAGGCUUCCAACCCAGAUCUAAAGCUGUGGGAGAUUGGAAAGAUUAUUGGGGGCAUGUGGAGGGACCUGAGUGAUGAAGAGAAGCAGGACUACCUUAAUGAGUACGAGGCUGAGAAGAUUGAGUACAAUGAUUCUUUGAAGGCCUACCACAACUCACCUGCCUACUUGGCCUACAUCAACGCCAAGAACCGGGCUGAGGCGGCAAUGGAGGAGGAGAGCAGGCAGAGGCAGUCACGUAUGGACAAAGGAGAGCCGUACAUGAGCAUUCAGCCUGCUGAAGAUCCUGAUGAUUAUGAUGAUGGUUUCUCAGUGAAGCACACAGCAGCAGCUCGCUUCCAGAGAAACCACCGGCUCAUUAGUGACAUCCUCAGUGAGAUUGUGGUGCCCGACGUCCGCUCUGUGGUCACCACAGCCCGCAUGCAGGUCCUCAAGAGGCAGGUUCAGUCUCUUAUGGUGCACCAGAGGAAACUUGAAGCUGAACUUCUUCAGAUCGAGGACCGCCAUCAAGACAAGAAAAGACGUUUUCUUGAGACCACUGACUCAUUCAACACUGAGCUGAAGCGGCUGUGCAGUCAGAAGGUGGAAGUGGAUAUGGAGAAACUAGCAGCAGAGAUGGCUGCCGCUGAAGAGGCAGCAAGGCGCCGGGCAGAGGAGCGGGAGCGGGAGGCCGCUGAGCAGGCAGAGAAAGCUGCUCAACAGCAACAGGAGGCUGCUGGAAACAAAGCUGCAGAGAAGAGCAGCACUAAUGCUAGCCCCACCUCAGGGACCAAGGAGGAGGACAAACCUACACCAAUGGAGACAGAUGAGGCCGCACCUGCAGAGCCGCUUUCAGACCCCCAGGUGGCUCCACCACCACCACCAUCUGAUACUUCAUCGUCUUCCUCUGAUAAAGCAACACCUCCCCCUGAGCUCCCCAGGGAGAGCAGUACUCCCAACAGCAGUGCCCCCAGUGAUGAUGGGGGCAGCAGCAACAGCAUGCCCCCUCCACCCUCAGACAUCCCACCUGGAGCAGCAGCAUCAGGCGCAUUCCCAGACCCACCUGUAGGCCAAGAAGCCAACCUCAGUACAGCUAAUCCUAAUGAGGCCGCAGCACCAGCCCCUCCCUCAGAAGAAGCAACCCCUCCACCACCACCACCACCACCACCACCACCACUACUGACCCCCAGUCAAAGCAGCCAGCAGUACGAUAUGUAGUAGUGCUGCCUGUACAGUGAUGGGUGUAGAUGUCCUCCUGGUGCUGCAGCUCUCCCUCUCUGGAUGGAGCAGCAGCGUUGUAGUGAUGCAGAAGAAGUGGCUCUGUAACAGCUGAGAAAUACUGAUUGGUUGAGAGGUGUAAAAGUAAAGUCAAUACAAAAAAAAUAGUGCGAGAGUGACGUAGGUUUUCAUCAUCCAGCUUCAUGUAGCUGCACCAAACGCAGGGAAAGUAGGAUUUCCUUUAAAGCUCUGUAUGCUUCCUGUAACUUUACUCAGCAUACCUGGUCUGAUAAUCUGACUUAAUUGAAACGUCACCAAAGAGUACAACACCUGGCCCUCUUUGAGUUUGUGCUCCAGGCACUGUGAGAGCAUUUCCUCUUUUCUAAUCAGGUCACUUGAUGUUAUUUUUUUUAAAGUAAUCAGAUACACACUCAGAAAUAGGAUAACACAGGGCUGUGAAACAACUGCUCAGCACAAACCGCACCACCGAGUCUGAAAGUCCAUUUACUUUUAUCAUCAGGGUUUGUAUCCCCAGCACUGAGGUCAGAAGUGAAUCAAUCUGUUAGUGAGACUGUUUUCUUUCUUUCUUCUUUUUUUUUUUUU